AGCGCCAUCCCCGAGAGGGAAGGGGUCUCUUUCCCAUCGGGCCCUCUUUGCUCUUCUGGUUUCUUCAUCUCCUCUUCUAUCUUCCCUUCCUCGUCACGGCGUUGACUAGUCUUUUGUUUCCUUCGUCCCAUUUGAUGGUCACCGCUUGGUCGUCGUGGUAAAGCACCAUCGCCCAUCUCCGCGAAAAUAAGAAAGGUCACCACCCCCCACGCCCAUAUCUGAACUACAAAUCUUGGCGAGCCGGCACCGUCUCCAUCAAAAAGAAAAGAAAAGAAAAGGGAAGGAAAGGAAAAGGGAGGGGGUGGAACGGCUGCCUUCCGGUCUACCUCGGAAUACCUACAACUAAUCCGAACGAGAGGGGUGUGCGCCAACGGGGAGAGGAAAAGGGCAGAAGAUAGCAAGAUUAUAAGAAUCAGAGACGAAAACAAGAAAGACCCGAAAUCAAAAUCCUGAAGCACGGCGAGCGAGUCUCCUGCUCGCCGCUUCCCCCUCUCCAACCAACCAAAAGACAUCAUGAAGGAAGGGGAGAAGUAUCUCAACAUGGCGCACCACCAGCAGCAGCAACACCAGCAGCAGUACGACUCGGGCCUCGAGGUCGCCCACCCGGGCCCCUGGAACCGUGAGGACUUCGCUCUCGCCGAGGUCGCGCCCUACGUCCACGUCGACGCCAAGACCGUCUCGACGCCGCAGGUCGCCGACGACCCGCUCUCGUGGCGCAACUACUACCACAAGCAGAACCCGGGCCUCGAGGUCGCGCCCUCGUCAUCCGUUUCCACGACGACCGCGGCGGCAUACGGCCAGCACCAUCCGCCGGGCUAUCACCACCCGCCGCCGACGUCGCCGGAGCCGAAGGCGAUGGGCGCCGACGGCCGACGGAAGCUGUGCGGCGUGCGCCGGAGGCUGUGCUACAUCAUCAUGGGCGUCGCGAUAGUCUUCGCCGUCGCGGCCAUCGCCGUCGGCGUCGGCGUGGGUCUGGCGUUCGGGAAGCGGUCGCAGAGCGGCGGCUCGUCAUCCGGCUCUAAAACAACCCCAGAAUCAACAAAAACGGCAACGAUAACCUGCCCGGCCUCAGACAACUCAACCUUCUCGGCGCAGGACGCUCCCGCCCGCCACUUCCGGCUCCUCUGCGGCCACGACUUCAACUCGCAGGACGGCGCCAUCGACCUCACCUCGGCCAACGCCACCACCAUGGCCGCCUGCAUCGACCUGUGCGCCGCCGAGGCCACCUGCGUCGGCGCCGGCUGGGGCGACUACUACGGCAGCCACCUCUGCUGGAUGAAGAGCCGGCUCGGGGAGAUGAACGUGUCGGGGAACUGGCUCUUCGCCGUCGACGUCGACAAGACGGCCGCGGAGUCGGCGUAGGGCUCUCCGCGCACCGC